GGGCCGUGGGGUAUGCACUGUGUUGUGGGGUUAUGGGCUCCGGGGUGGAGGAUUCGCAGCUAUGGGGCCAUGGGACGGCCGUGCCCCACAGCCGACUCGACGGGGACGCAUUCGCUGUACACCACGUACCACGGCUACGAGGUGAUGUUCCACGUCAGCACCAUGCUGCCCUUCACCCCCACCAACCCCCAGCAGCUCCUGCGGAAGCGGCACAUCGGGAACGACAUCGUCACCAUCGUCUUCCAGGAGCCCGGAGCGCUGCCCUUCUCCCCCCGCGCCAUCCGCUCCCACUUCCAGCACGUCUUCAUCGUCGUGCGAGUGCACCAACCCUGCACGCCCCACACGUCCUACAGCGUGGCAGUGACCCGCUCGGACGACACCCCCCCCUUCGGCCCCCCCAUCGCCGUGGGGCAGCGCUUCCCCCGAGGCCCCCAACUCCGCCAUUUCCUUUUGGCCAAAGCCAUCAACGGUGAAAACGCCGCCUCCCGGGGGGGCCGCCUGGGGGCCAUGGCCGCCCGCACCCGCCACCAAUACCUCCGAGAGCUCGCCCGCUCCCACGCCAACGGCCCCCCCCCCGCCGCCCCCACCCGCGGCCUCCCG